GGGGCGAUGAUACCGAUGCCUCUCUCUUUUCUUUAAAUAUAAACCCUCACCCGUCUCCAUUGACUCUAUUCAACUCCCAUUUUUCCCAAUUUUCUCUAAAAUCUUCGUUUCUUAGAUCUCAAAUCUCGCAACCAUGUCUUGCUACAGAGGAAAGUAUGCUGAUGAACUCAUUGCCAAUGCUGCCUACAUCGGAACCCCUGGAAAAGGUAUCCUCGCUGCUGAUGAAUCAACCGGUACAAUCGGAAAGCGUCUAUCCAGCAUCAAUGUUGAGAACGUCGAAUCAAACAGAAGAGCACUUCGUGAACUCCUCUUCUGCACUCCCGGCGCCCUUCAAUACCUCAGUGGAGUCAUCCUCUAUGAAGAAACUCUUUACCAAAAAACCGCAGCAGGCAAACCAUUUGUGGAUGUGAUGAAGGAAGCCGGAGUCCUCCCAGGAAUCAAAGUCGACAAGGGCACAGUUGAGCUAGCCGGAACCGACGGUGAAACCACCACCCAAGGACUCGACGGUCUAGCCCAACGGUGCGCCCAGUACUACACCGCCGGUGCCCGGUUCGCCAAAUGGCGUGCGGUUCUCAAAAUCGGCCCAAACGAGCCCUCACAGCUUGCGAUAAACGAAAACGCAAACGGUUUAGCGCGAUACGCGAUCAUCUGCCAAGAAAACGGUUUGGUCCCAAUUGUGGAGCCCGAGAUUCUUGUGGACGGGUCCCACGACAUCAACAAAUGCGCGGAUAUAACUGAGCGCGUAUUGGCUGCAUGCUACAAGGCUUUGAAUGACCAUAAGGUGCUUCUUGAAGGAACUCUUUUGAAACCUAACAUGGUGACACCUGGAUCGGAUGCGAAGAAGGUGGCACCGGAGGUGGUGGCGGAGUACACAGUUAGGGCUUUGCAGAGGACGAUGCCGCCAGCGGUUCCGGCGGUGGUGUUUUUGUCUGGUGGGCAGAGUGAGGAGGAGGCGACGGUUAAUCUGAACGCGAUGAAUCAGUUCAAGGGGAAGAAGCCGUGGACUUUGACUUUUUCCUUUGGGCGUGCUCUUCAGCAGAGUACUUUGAAGGCGUGGAGUGGGAAAGAGGAGAAUGUUGGGAAAGCUCAGGCUGCGUUUUUGGCAAGGUGUAAGGCUAACUCUGAAGCUACUCUUGGGAUUUACAAGGGUGGGUCUGGGUUGAGUGAAGGUGCUUCUGAGAGUCUUCAUGUUAAGGACUACAAGUACUAAAUACUAAGGUUUGUUUCUUGUUUCUUGUUUCUAUUCUCGGGAAUUCUUGUCUCAUUUGUGUUUUGAUUUGAGGAUUUUGUGUUAUGUUUUGAACUUGUGGUGGUGGUUAUAAUAAGCAUGAGAAACAUCUGCCUAUUCAGGUUUUGGUUAAUAUAUUUUACGGUUUAGGUUUUCA